AUGGGUGCUUUCAAACAGGAGAACAGCGGCGCGUCCGAGGAUCGCGAUGUGGGCAGCGUGCAGGCGGGCAGCUCUGACGCAGCGAGGGCAGCCCGGAAGAGGACAAAGACGGGAUGUCUCACGUGUCGAAAACGCAGAAUCAAGUGCGAUGAAGGCAAACCCGUAUGCAAAAACUGCAUGAAAUCAAAGCGCCAAUGUGAAGGUUACAACCAGCGAGUUGUCUUCAAGCCGGCUGAUUUCCAAUAUCUACCUCACGGCGGUGCAACCAUAACAUUCGACGCUGGACUUAACGCAAUUCCUAACGAGCACAGCCAUCAUGGAGCAUAUCCUCCGCAUCCCGGUUCCCAGCCACGCUCGCUCUCUGUCGCGUCGCAGAUGUCACAACAGUAUGGGCCACUUGGUGAUGCUAUGGACCAACAGCGUUCACCGCCCAUAACUCAACAUCUAGGUUUCGAUCCGAUUCUCCAUGGCAUGUCUCAGCGGCAAACACGAUUCGAACAAUCUCCGGACACGAAACCAUUUCUGGACAGGAGUUCGUCAUUUUCUCAUGGCCUUCCGGUUGACAGUGGUCCACCAAACCCAGCCUUGUAUCAAUCUAUUCCGGAGGUUUCACCGUACAUGGAACAAUAUACUACCACUGGUUGGCAGCAGGAUGUUCAAGGCCAUUUCACACCAGUACUCUGGUCCAACGCAUAUGUUACCGACGAUCAACAGCCAAUAGACGUCCCACAUCAAUGGCACGGAGAAGGGUUCAUCAGUCCAAAUGUACCGGAACCAACUCCAACACCGCCAGGAGGCCCAUCAUAUGGAUAUGGAGCAACCAUGGAGCAAUCACGUCUAAGACAACCCCAAGCACCACCAAGAAACAUCCCGGAUGUGAUUAACAACGUUCCCCUACAAACACAGCUUGGUCGAAAUGGAGUUCUGGAUGAGGCAGCUAUCGAAGUUCAUGACGAGGACUAUUAUGAUGUUGACACGGAGGACGAAAUGUUCGACAUGGAUACUGAAUUCGAAGCACAAAAUCUUCACGGAUCAAAGAUACAGAUUCACGACCAACCCAAAUAUGGACUUGAUGCGGCCAGGAUGGAUGCUCGAAACUUUGACACUUUCGUUUUUAGCGGCGCCAUGGACAGCUACCGGCCUGAGCAUGUUGCGAAUCCACUGAAAAAUCCGGCCACAGCCAGGGUAUUUGCGCAUUUUAUGUCAGAAACUGCGACGAUAUUGACCACUUCGGCAAGACAAAUCUGGCGGCUGAAUCCUUCGUCUUCUGACAGCAAGGCGAUGCCAAUGGUACGGAAGUGUAUCUGGACUCACACUUUGCCCAUGGCAGCGUUGCACCACCAAGGUCUUCUGCAGUCCAUGCUUGCGAUUUCGAGUCUACAGAUAGCCAAGAUCCAAAAUGCGUCUGAGACACCCUCACUCAAGCACUACGCAUAUGCGCUAAAGAGGAUUCACAAUUGCGUCGGCAAUCCAAAGAAGAGACUUUCGGUACCCGUUUUCGCGGCAUCAUUAUUGCUUGGUUACUACGAAUGCAUGGCUGCUAAUCACGCUAAUUGGCAAAGUCAUCUCAAUGGUGCCCGUCAACUAGUGGUAGAAAUGGACUUCGCUGGCAUGACCAAAACAUUCAAGCAGAUGAAGGCUGUAAAGGCACGGCAAGAUCAGCAGAUGCCGCGGUUCUCGGCUACUGGCAUCCCACAAAUAUCUCCAGAUCAAUCGCCACAGGAUAUACUGCUGGAUCAGAUGUACGAGGCCGACGAGAACAUUGUCGGAGCAAUCUGUGGCACUGGAGUCAGCUAUGACAGAUAUGGCCAUAUUGGCGAAGCAAUGCCACCUCCGCAACCUUUCAAUCUGGAGACUUACGACACUCUGAAAGACUUGUAUUGGUGGUAUUGCAAACAAGAUGCUUACCACAGCUUGAUCAGCACUGACCCUCUCAUCAUAGAUUUGAAUCUUUCCACCGCAAACGCUCUUCAGGAAUGGAAUAGUAUUAAAGCAGCCUUGGACUUCGUAGCCAACAGUCUAGGCCCUUAUUUCCAGCCUUUGGACGCCGAGUACCAGCCUCCUCUCAACACACCGUUCGGACCAGCUCUCAUCUACCGCUCGUGGGACAUCAGCGUAAUGUGGGCGAAUUACAACAUGGCCAUGAUAGCGGCCCUCCGCAACCACCCGAAUAUGCCCCCAGCUGCCCAUGUCGCUGCGGCUGCAGCGGCCGAGUCAACGAAACCCUACGCCUACUCUAUCGGCCGUAUAGCAGCAAGUAUUCAGACUCCACCCGAAGACCAGCCUCUCGAUCCCAAGAUGGGCGCCGCAAUGAUCGAUCUGGUCAUCCCCCAAUUCUUCGCCGGUAUUCAAUACACGAAUGCCUCCCACCGUGCAUGGCUCGUCGAACGCUACUUUGAAACAGAUCGACGCUGUGGCUGGGCUACCGCCAGUGUCAUCGCCGAAGGAUGUCAGAGCGGCUGGAUCCGCGCAGCAGACGCAGGACGANNGGGCCCUCACAUGCGCGUGAGCAAAGCCACCUUUUCCGAUUUCAGAAUGGGACGAUAUGGAGACAGUCUAGCCGAAGCCAGUAAACAGAGGCUUUCUGAAUGGGAUGCAGAGAACGACAGGAAGUUUGUUAGGACAAAGGCUAGUGCGAGAGUGCAUUGGGCGAUUGGAUUGAUGGGCACUGAAGAGGAUGUUCCCGAGGAGUCUGAUUAG